AUGUCUACGUUUAGCGGUUACGAUAGCGAAGCCGUUGGUUUCGAAAGCAUCGAGUCCAAAAAGAAACCGGAAACCACUUGUGGCACCCAGACGAACUACACCAAUUCCGGUGUUGGCUGCCAAACGAAUAGCACCACAGAUAUCGGAUGCACAGCUUCCUCUAAGGAUUUCGACAGAAAAAGCACACACACCACGCCACCUGGUCUCAACGAGUUCCUGCGGAAGGUGGUUCCAGGUAUGAUGGAACAGCUAGACCAGAAGGACCUGGAAUAUCGCUAUAACUCGUCAGACUCCGAAGAAGAGGAUGUACUGAACGCUAAACUAUUUCAAGAACUGAAGGUUCAAGAUGGUAUUGGUUCUGGAGACCACCAGUCUUCGGUUUUAGGUGUGACGUGGAGUAGUGCUGGUAACUCGCUAGCUGUGUCCAUCGGGCAAUUACAGCAUGACACCUGGUGCCAAAAUUCCGGGUUGAUCAAGGUGUACACUCUGAAAAGAAGUGGUGGGGACAAGUUUGCCCACAGCCUGGACAUCACUGAGAAGAACUGCGUGACUGUGCUGAAAUAUCACCCAUCUGUUGCCGCCCUUUUGGCGUAUGGGACUACGUCUGGAGAGGUGGUGCUUUGUAAUCUGAUGAAUGGGAAUUUAGAAGAAGGUACUCAGCUAACAUCUCCUUGUGACUGCCACAACUCCCGGAGGGUCUCCGCCCUCCAGUGGGCGGAUGCGCCACUGGCUAAUCGGUACCUGAUAAUGCAGAUCCACAACAACGGGAAACGACGUGGUGCCGCGGAUCAGGUCCUUACUUCGUCUGGCAGCGACGGUUCUAUAAACGUUUGGCAAGUGAACUCCAAUCUCAAAGUGUUUGAAAGCAUCGUGAAGUACCAGAUCAAUUCUACCCGCAAAACAACACCGGACAUCACCUGUUUCGACUAUAUAAAAUCCUAUCCUUUACGGUCGAGCAACGACCGGUUGCCAGACGACAUUUUCGUGGUCGGCUCCAAGUGCGGGAGGCUGUACCUCUGCAAGAUCAGCUCGGAGAGCAGCGAUCCCGUUUACGAAGUUUUGGACGGACACAGGACGUGCGUGCUGGACGUCGCCUUCAGUAUGCAAAAGUGCAAUAUUUUUGUAUCCGUCUCCAUGGAUUCGGAGGUGCGAGUGCACGAUGUGUUGCAGAGUGGACCUAUUAGGGUGAUGUUUCUUGACCACCCCGUAUCCUGCCUCACCUGGUUGCCCACGAUGCCGUGUGUGGUCAUGGGUCUGACGCAGGAAGACCUCAUCAAACUCUACAACGUGUCUUCGGGUAAAGAGGUGCCCGUCGAAGGGUUUAGUGGGAACGUGUGCGUCACUUCUGUGUCUGUCAGCCAUGUUGGAUCGUGCCGAAUCGCGGCUGGUGACGCGGAGGGGCGCCUGCGCAUCUGGGAGGUACCGACGCGACGCAUCAAGAUGACGGCCGAUGAUUUAGACUUUUAG